AUGGACAUCCAUUCCGACAUUCAACAUGCCAUAGACAACCUGCCUCGCGAGAAGUUCUUCCUGGAUCAGAACAUCCCCGAAGAUUAUCAGAGUGGCCUGCGCUACAUAGACAGACUGGAAUGUCGCCGUAAUGCUGCCCUCGAAGAACCACUCUGGCAGGCGUUGCCUUACGUUCUCGAUACCAAAGCUGUUUGGCAGUUGUCGUGCACAAUCAAAGAUGAUCGAGACUCUGUGUUAUCCUAUCGGCCUCAGGCAUUCAACAGGACCCAGCUGCUCACCGCGCGGCCAGACGAUAUAUCCAUUACCUUACAGAAGGCCCUCAGGACCAAGGUCGAAACUCACUCGCAGGUUUACAAGGCCGUGAUGAGUGUCAGGAAGGGAGCACCUCGCGAUGUCUGUGUGAAGAUAUCUCAGCAGAGCCUCUGUAAAAUGCCCGAUGCGGAAUAUUUCGACGAGGCAGCUUCCUGGCCGAGCUUGUGGCGCUCUGCUCGGCAAAAUGCAACCGUAGAGGCUUGGGCGUACCGUAAGCUGAAAUCCUUGCAGGGUAUGGGCAUGAAUACCUCAUUCAUUCGGGGCGAGAUCGCAAUUGCGCAUGUUAUGGAGUACGUUGACGGAAUCGUCAUUUCAAACCUCACCGGAGCCGGCGUUGCGCAGCGUCUAGGUCAAGAGUGCAACAUCUUCGACAUGGCGACUGUUCUUGAGGAAAGGAUUUUUCACAUGCAGACGCUUGGAGUCAUGCACGGUGAUCUCCUCCCACACAAUAUUAUGCUGUUAAGGCAGUGCCUCAACGAACAUCCUUUAUCGGCCUUGGUGACACUCGAUUUCAACUUCGCUAAAGCCACUGAGCGCUAUAAUGCACACUGCGAUGUCGUCCUGUGA